CUAUACCCUAUUCUUCUUCUUCUCCUUCUUCUUCUCUAGCUCAAUAACAAACCCUAAUUCAAACUGUGUUUCUUGAAGAACAAAAGGUUGUGGAUUAGAGAAACUAGGGUUUCCUUCUUCAUCAUCUAGAGAACCCUAAUUCUACCAUUUGUGUUGGUGGGGUUUACAGAGAUAGAGUAACUAGGGUUUCGUUUGUUGAAGAAAGAUAACACCAUAGCUAGGGUUUCAUCUUUAGAGGGGUGUGGGGGGUGGGUGUUGGAGCCAAGUGAUGCGCUCAGGAGGUUGUACGGUACAACAGACACUAACAACAGAGGCUGCUUCUGUGUUGAAGCACUCUCUCAGCCUUGCAAGGAGGAGAGGCCAUGCUCAGGUCACUCCCCUUCAUGUCGCUGCGACUCUUCUUAUGAGCUCAAGAGCUAGUAUUCUAAGAAGAGCUUGCCUCAAAUCACAAAACACUUCUUCCACUUCCCAUAAUACCCCUACUAUUCUCCACAAUCCCCAUAUUACCCCUACCACACCACCCCUCCAUUGUAGGGCGCUUGAGCUUUGCUUCAAUGUGGCUCUCAACAGGCUGCCGACAACUCCUGGGCCACUCCUCCAUGGCCAACCUUCACUCUCUAACGCUCUCAUUGCUGCACUCAAGAGAGCUCAAGCUCAUCAGAGAAGGGGUUGUAUUGAAAACCAACAAACUCAAACACAACAACAGUGUCAGCAACAACAACAGCCGCCAUUGUUAGCCAUUAAAGUGGAGCUUGAGCAGCUCAUUCUGUCGAUUCUUGAUGACCCGAGUGUUAGUAGGGUUAUGAGAGAAGCGGGUUUCUCAAGUACUGCUGUGAAAAGCAAUUUGGAAGAUUUUUCUUCAAACUCUUUAACUUCUGCACCACGAGUGUUCUUUAGCAGCUCCGGUGGUGGCGUUUACUCAUCUCCUUCAUCGCCAAACUCUGAUCACCAGUACCACCCUCAUCAUCAAAACCCUAACUUUUGGCAAACCCAUUUCUUGAAUCACACUCCUGACCAAAACCCACUUUUCAUUUCACCUUCAAAGAACACCCCAUCUCCAGAAUCCGAUCAUUCUUUGAAGAAAGAUGUAAGCUUGGUUAUGGAGGUUUUGCUAGGGAAGAAGCAAAGAAAAAACACAGUUAUUGUUGGAGAUUCUUUAUCGAUAACUGAAGGCGUAGUCAUCGAGCUAAUGGGAAAAGUAGAUAAAGGCGAUGUCCCGGAUGAAUUACGAUGUGCUCAUUUCAUAAAGUUUCAGUUCUCAUCAGUGCCAUUGAGGUUCAUGAAAAGGGAGGAAGUGGAGAUGAAUUUAUCAGAUUUAAGAAGAAAAGUUGAAUCAUUGUCGUCAUCAGGAGGAGGAGUCAUCAUAUACGCAGGUGACUUGAAAUGGACAGUGGAUGAGAGAGAGGUCGGAGUAACUGGUUAUAGUCCAGUGGAUCAUCUUGUUGUUGAAAUUGGGAGAUUGGUUUCACAAUAUAAUGUCACAAACAAAGUUUGGUUAAUUGGAACUGCAAAUUAUCAGACAUUCAUGAAGUGCAAGAAGAAACAGCCUUCUCUCGAGCUUCAAUGGAGUCUUCAAGCUGUUUCUGUUCCUUCUGGUGGACUUGGAUUGAGUCUCAAUGCUACUACGACGAGUGGGCAUGACUCAAGGGUAAACAUGUCAAAUAACACAAGUGAUGAAAUGGUGGAUAUGAAGCCAUUGAAACACAACAAAGAGGAGGGAGACGAUGAUAUGGUGGCGAUGAGUUGUUGUGGGGAAUGCAAUUCCAAUUAUGAAAAGGAAGCUGCUGCCGCCGCCACCACAGCUGCCGGAAAUAAGCCCUCCACCGUCUUACCAUUUUGGCUUCACCCUUCAACAUCUCCAUCAAGCCUUCACAAGGAAAACUUAAUUGAGCUUAGGAGGAAGUGGAACAGACUAUGCCAAAGUCUACAUCAAGGAAAGCAAAAUCUGAAUAACAAUUGCAUGAAUUCAUCAUCGUUAAUCACCAACGAUAAUCAAGGAUUGAUUGGAAAAAGCUGCUCCUGCAACUCCUCACGCUAUCCAUUUUGGUCUAACAACACUAAUCAUGUCAAAAACAUCUCAUCGAUCUCCUUUGGUGACACUUUAAAGAGUCAAAAUGGUGGUGGAGAGCGUUCUUAUCCUCGAUUCAGAAGACAGCAAUCUUGUCACAUUGAUCUCAGUUUCAGCAGCCGAAAUCAUUCCAAUGUUGAUCAAGAACCAAACUUGGAUUGUCUCAAGAGUAGAGAAGACGAUAAAGAAGUCAAAAUCACACUUGGUCUUGGAAAUUCGGCUUCAGAUUUGUCCAAAAGACAAGAUGUUUACAAGUGUUUACAAGAGAAUGUGCCUUGGCAUUCGGAGAAAAUGCACUCGAUUGUUGAGUUUUUGAUGAGUUCUUCAUCUUCUAAAGGUGUAAAGAAAGAUUCUUGGUUCUUGAUGGAGGGUAAUGACUCUAUAGGGAAAAGAAGAUUGGCAAUGGCCAUUACGGAGGCCAUGUUUGGCUCUAGUGAUUUGCUUUUGUGUUUUAACAUGAGGGGUUCGGUUAACAAAUGUGAAAAUCUUGAAAGGGCAUUGAAAGGUCAAGAAAAUGCUGUUGUUUUGGUGGAAGAUGCUGAUUUUGGAGAUGGGAAGUUUUUAAAAUCUUUAAGUGAUGGAUUUGAGAAGGGGAAAUUUGGCGAAAAUGGUCAAGUUAUCUUCAUUUUAAGUAAGGGCGAUCAUCUUGGUGAUGAUAAAAGAAGCCGAUCUUCAUUAGCCCGGAUUAAAUUGGUUGUGAACGAGACGAAUCCAACUACCGAAAUUGAUCAAAAACGAAAACCCAAAUGGGAUUCGGAUGAAUUUAGCAAGAGGAAAGUUCCAAGAAUCGAAGAAGAAGAAAUCAAGAAAGACUUGUCUAGGCAAUCAAGCUCAAAUACUCUUGAUCUCAAUAUUAAGGCUGAGGCACAAGAUGAUGACAACGAAAACACAUUAGAUUUCAGCCCUAAUUCGAGCGAUUUGACCCGCGAAAUGGAUGGUAGUCCAAGGAACCCACUCGGGUUUCUUGAAACGGUUAAAACCCACUUUGUAUUUGAUCGAUCUUCGGCUCGAGAUAGCUUAAUGAGAGAGAGCUUCUUGUUUAAGUUGAGAGCCAUAUUAGCGAUAGUGUUUGGGAGCAUAGAAUUUGAGUUGAAAGUGGAAGACAUGGUGUUAGAUGAGAUAUUGUUUGGGUGUGGGUUAUACUUGAAUGGCUUGUUUGAGAAAUGGCUUAAAGAAGUUUUUCAAACGAGCUUGGAUAUGGUUAAAAAAGGGGGGAAAGGAGUAAAAAGUUUAAGGGUUUCUUUGGUGAUAGAUGAAAAAGAAGGGGGUGGGGUUGGUAUAGAAGAAAAGGACGAGGGGUUCAUGGGUUCGAAUCUCCCUAACAAAAUCAAAAUAUGUUUUGUUAUGUAG